CUUACAGGCCCUGUCCACCCCCUCAUCCUCUGGGGCUACCUCUGAUAUGUCCCUCCUCCUCAGACACAGGCUAAAUGAGAACAGAGCUCUUGUAAAAGAGAAGCCCUAAUAUCAGUUACAGCAUUAAGACAGAGGCUCAUCUGUAUUCAUUCAGACUCUGUUGAGAUGGAGAGGAGUGUAGCAUUGCUCCUGGUCCUUAGUCUGGUCAGAAUAAAUUGUUCUUGUCUGGAUCCUUCCUCUGCCUACAAGUUUACAGGAGCCGUGUGCAGGUUUACCUAUCCUGCUGCUGUAGUAUUGAAUGAGAAGACUACAAAAGUGAUACAGGCCGCUUUUCAACAUGCCAGAUAUCCCAGUAUAAAAGGAGAAAAAUCAGCAGGCUUCAUAGGGAAGGUGGAAUAUGGAUUCAACAAUUUAGAGAUCCACAACCUUUCGAUCGGAAAGAGUGAUUUUGAGCUGAAAGAGAAUGAAGGAAUAGGGAUCUACAUUUCAAAUGUGUCUGCUGUAUUCAAGGGGACCAUCAAGUACAAAUAUGGCAGCUGGCUAAUCAGUGUUGGACAGACAAUUGAUUUUGAAAUCGAUUCACAGAUUGACCUAGUCAUCAAUUCAAAACUAUACUGUGGAAAGGGCAAAGUGGCUGCAGACACUUCAAACUGUUUCCUCACCUUUCACAAACUGAAGCUGCUUCUGCAGGGAGACAGAGCGCCUGGGUGGCUGAAACGAAUGUUCACAGAUAUUGUGACUUUCACAGUGAAGCUAGUAGUCAAGUCACAGAUCUGUAAAGAAAUAAACAAUGUGGCCAACAUACUUGCAAACUUCAUACAAGAGCAAGCAGAACAAUUUAUAAGUGAUGGGAACAUCACAGUGGACAUCUCUGUGACCUCUUCCCCUAUCAUCAAAUCUAAUUAUAUAGAAUCAUACCAUAAGGGUCUGGUUAAUUACAAUAAUGAGACAUCAAUCAUCAAUUCCUCUGUGUUUAACCCCUCCCAACUAUCCGAGAACCGCAUGCUUUAUUUUUGGCUCUCUGAUGGGGUUCUCGAGCCACUUAUGAGUGCUGCAUACCAUGAUGGACGAUUUAUUCACAACAUUCCUGGAACAGAACUCCCGGAUCUGUUUCAUACAGAGCUAUCCUCACCUAGGCCUGAAUUGUUGAGCAAGUGGCUGUCCUCUGAGGAUCCAGUGUUAAAGGCAAGGAGUUUGUCAGUUCCGCAACUCUGGACCACCACACAGGGCACAUCUGUCAGAGCUGUGGCUGGGGUGGAACUCUUGUUGGCCAAUCAGGAGAAACCAACACUUUACUUUGAGACAGAUGUAACGGUUGUUGUUAAAGCCACAUAUGCGGAGAAGAAACUCAUUUUGAAGGCCACUGGAGAGCUCAUUCAUAUAACAAAUGUCUCAACAUCAGAAGGAGCCAGUGAGAUAGAGGAGAGCUUGAAAGCUUAUCUACAGGAGGCUGUGGAAAAGAUUGGCAUACCCAAAGUCAUAUCAUAUCUGGAACUAGAGUUAACUGCUUUGAUGGAUGAACAGGGGCUUAAUCUCUUUGACAUCAUCAAUCCUGAAGUUGUACCUCAAGAUGGGUAUGUCAUAGUGCAGCUGGAUUUUGGGUUUCCUCACCAUUUACUUGUGGAAUUUCUCAGAAAAACACUGGAUUGACAGUUCUUUUCUGGCUUCCGUUCUCUUCCUCACACAAACACACACAUACAGACAAGCACCAAUCACAUUGAAAUGAAAAUAUGAAUGACUUUGUAACUGGCCAUUAUUGCUUGUAUAAAAAGUUUUUUGUUUAUCAAGUUUGAUGCUUAUCUUUUUUUGUGAUAUUAGUUUUUAAAAUUGUUCAGAUAUUAAAGUGUUAAUCACC